AAAGCGGACGCUCUUUGUACCCUCUUCGCCCUCCUCUGUCCGGCCGCAUGCGCCGGCUGGCCCACUUGCCAUCCACCCAUCUGUCUCAUCCGGUCUCUCUCCUCCUUUUCUCUCCUGGGCCACCACGACCACCCACCCACCCAGCCGGAACACGAGGCAGCCACAGGCCGCCGAGGAAGUGCCAGCACAUGGCGCGGCUCCGGCGGCCUCCAGCGGCGCGGCUAUGCUCCCGCCGGCGCCCAGCCUCCAGCGACAUGACUGUGCUCCCGUCGGCGCCCAGCCUCCAACGGCGCGGCUGUGCUCCCGCCGCCGCCGACCUCCAGCAGCGGGGUGGCGCGUCCUCCAACGGCCCUGUCGGAGUUCGGGCGGGUCGUGGAGGCCAGCGACGCAGUGGCGCGGAUCCAGCAGCAACGUCGUGGUUGUCCCGGCGAGGAGGUCGUUCACCAGGCACUGCUGGAGCACGGCCCUGAACAUAAAAGGCAAGCAAGGUGAGACGUACAUGCGCGUACAGGAGCUCCUUGACAUGAAGCUGCGCACGAAGCCUGUUGACAUGAAGCUGCUCCAGCUCUGCGUGCGCGUGGUCGGGGCGUGUGUUCAAGCCAAGUCUUCGUGUUGGAGCUCGCCAUGCCCAGGCCCGCCAUGCUGGCGCGGCCGGCCUACCGUCCCCGCUCGCACGCCUCAGCGUUGGAGCUUUCCGCGCUCGGCCGCGCCAUGUUCGCCGCGCCCGGCCGCCAUGCUUGCCGCGCUCACCGUGCCGUGCCGAGCCGCGGUCGCCCUGCCUUGUCUCACACACCCGCCGUGCUGCCCUGCUCGCGCGUGUCCGCGUUGGAGCUCGUGCGCCCGCCGCCUCCACUCUGUAGCUCGACCGCCGGCUUCGCCUCGUGCCCGGCCGGAGCUGCUCGAGCAGGUGGUCGCACCCGCCAGGCGCAGAGGCGCACCUCGUACGAGCUCGCGUGGCUGCAACUUGUCCUGGCCAUGGUCAACGUGCACCCCAGUGCGAGCUAUCCUGCCUGCUAAGUGUUCGAGGAAAUGCCGAGACGGACAUGCAAAAAAUGUGUCCACCUCUUGUUGGGCACACAUGCCAACCCAAAUAAAAAAGAGGAUGCAGACAGGCGGACGGGCGACCCAAACGAACAAAAAACAGACAAAAUCGGUGUUCGUUUGGGUCACUCCGUUGGAGUUGCUCUUAUUGUACAAUCUCAGACCAUCUCACAGUAUGACUAUAUAAUGGAAGCGCAAAUUCGCAGGGG